GACAUUAGCCUUUUGUUGGGGGAAUGAUGGGAAAUAAAUAGUUAAGUUAUUCCCAUUCCCCUUUGCUGAAUAAGCAUCAGCUUGUCCUCCCUAGCUUUGGGCCUCAGAAACGUGUUUACUCCUUGCCCGGAGAAGAUGGAGAUGCAGCGUUAAACCGACUUUUAUUUCCUUAUUUAUUAUUAUUGUUGUUAUUGUUUAUGUUUAUUUUUAUUAUUAUUAUUAUUUACCCCAUCCAGAACCGGUGACCACACAAAGGCCCGUCCUCUCCCGGUUUGAACAAAGAUGCUCAACCUGACUCCCAGCACGAGGCACCUGCGUCUUCGGAUUGGUGGGAUUGCCAUCCAAUAGGAAAGAAGAGCAAGCAUCUGCUAUUUACAUAAACUCCUAGCGGUCCCAGAGGCUCACAGCCUGCCGUCCAAUCAGAUUCCCGCGACUUGGAGGCUUCAUUUGAAUAUGGACACAAUAAAUAGCGCUGCCUGCGUUCGGCGCACUCAUCUCGGUUCCUGCGACCGCACCGCCCGGGUUCCGGUGCCCGGUCCGCGGCCCCCUGCCCCUUCGCCCGCACACUCGCACCCCAGCUACCUCCACUCUAGCCGCCUCCUGGCGUUCCUGCGUACCCCGCCAGCCCGGAGCCCGCGUCCCUGCGACGCCCCCGCCGCCCCCACCCGGGCAUCUGCGCCCCCCUUGGAGCCCCUGUGCCCGCGCUGCCUGAGCCCGGAGUCCCCACCGCCGCGUUGCCCCACCCCCACCCCGGCGCUGCCCGGCCAAGCCGGAUCCUUCCCACUCCGCCCAAGAAGGGCUCCAAGAAGGCCGUCACCAAAGCGCAGAAGAAAGAGCGGCCGCAAGGAGAGCUACUCCAUCUACGUGUACAAGGUGCUGAAGCAGGUGCACCCCAACACCGGCAUCUCGUCUAAGAUCAUGGGCAUCAUGAACUCGUUUGUCAACGACAUCUUCGAGCACAUCGCCAGCGAGGCCCCUGCCUCGACCAUCACGUCCUGCGAGGUGCAGACGGCCGUGCGCCUGCUGCUGCCGGGCGAACUGGCCAAGCACGCUGUGUCUGAGGGCACCAAGGCCGUCACCAAGUACACCAGCUCCAAGUGAGGCGCGCCGGGCGCCCUGGAACCCAAAGGCUAUUUUCAGAGCCACCUCUGUGCUCAGAAAGGAGACUGCCAGACGCUCUGGUUGUGAUGUGCUGCUCCGGCAGGGUUCUGGGGGGCGCUGCAAUGCGCCACGGAAAGCGAGACUGGACCUUCAAAGGCGCAGACCCGCAAAGGCGCGUUGAGUCAGCAUCUACCCAGCCAGCAACCAGAGAGGGCACGGCCUUAGCUUUAGGCAGAGACCCGGUCACCUCCAGGAAGGCCUCAGGCCAACCUCCCUACUAGCACACCGUGUCUCUUAAUGGAUUAGGUCUGCGUGCGCUGGACGGAUGUGGGGUUCGAUGAGGCCCUGGGUGUUGGGCUCAGUCUUGGCGGUGACACUUGGGCUGGUCCUUCCCUCCUUUGCCUGUUGUCAAAUACACGAAAGUAGUGUUCAGUUUAA